AUGGCCCUCAUCCGGCAGAUGUUCGGAGCCAGUGCGGAGAAAGUGAAGGUGGAGAAACAAAACGUGGAAGUUGAUGUAAGUUUCGGUUGUUUAAGUCCAUUUGUUGAAGCUGUUUUUUGGCUGUUUAUCUCUAUAUUCUCAUCAUCUCUUUCUCUCUCUAUUUGUACGCCCUUCCUUUUUUGUUUUUCUUCUCAGGCUGGAACUAGAACUAUCGAUAUAGAGUUGACCACCUUAUCAAGUACAAACCACGUGGAGCUCACUCCCAGCGAUGCAGGUUUCCAAGAUAGAUAUAUUGUUCAAGAGAUUAUCAAAGAAAUGGCAAAAAACAGACCAAUUGACUCCAAAGGGAAAAAGGGGCAUAAAGUUUUGGUUCUAAAUGACGUUGACAAACUAUCAAGGGAAGCCCAGCACUCUCUUAGGAGAACAAUGGAGAAAUAUAGCUCAUACUGUAGGUUAAUUCUUUGCUGCAAUAGUUCAUCAAGAGUUACUGAAGCAAUCCGUUCUCGCUGCCUAAAUGUGCGGAUAAAUGGACCAACAGAGGAGCAGAUUGUCAAGGUACUGGAGUUCAUUGGGAAGAAAGAAGGACUGCAACUUCCAUCUGGAUUUGCUUCCCGUAUUGCAGAAAAAUCAAACCGGAGUUUGAGGAGAGCUAUACUAUCAUUUGAGACUUGUCGUGUUCAACAGUAUCCUUUUGUCAGUAACCAGGCAAUACCACCAAUGGAUUGGGAGGAGUACAUCACUGAGAUAGCAUCUGACAUAUUGAAGGAGCAGAGUCCCAAGAGAUUGUUCCAGGUUCGCGGGAAGUUAUACGAGCUACUGGUUAAUUGUAUCCCACCGGAGAUCAUAUUGAAGAGGCUGCUUUAUGAGCUACUCAAGAAAUUGGAUGCUGAACUAAAGCAUGAGAUCUGUCAUUGGGCUGCAUAUUAUGAACACAGGAUGCGCCUUGGACAGAAAGCCAUCUUUCACAUUGAAGGUAAAUGUAUUAUAUACACAUAGCUCAGAGUAACUGUCCUUGGUGUAAACCAAACUCUAGUUUUUUUUUUUUUUUAAUCAAAUUGAAUCUCUCCUCAAAUGAGUGAGAGGUGCUUUAUUUAUAGGAAAAAUGUUUCACA